AUGUCGGACGACGACGAUUUUAUGCAGGACUCCGACCAGGAGGAGUACGACUUUGAAUACGAAGACGCAGACGACGACGACUCCGGUGACAUCGGUAUCGAAAAUAAAUACUACAAUGCGAAGCAGAUAAAAGUAGACAACCCGGAAGAGGCUAUUGACGAGUUCCUGGGGGCAGUUACACAUUACCAGGAGCUACUGACAUAUGUCAAGUCAGCGGUUACGAGAAACUACUCCGAGAAAUCCAUCAACAACAUGCUAGACUUUAUUGAGAAGUCGUCUGAUGAUGAAAAGGCGUACCACUGCAUGGAGAAAUUCUACUCGUUAACCCUCAACUCCUUCCAAAAUACCAAUAAUGAGCGUCUUUGGCUGAAGACAAAUAUAAAACUCGCAAAGUUGUGGCUGGACCGGGAGCAAUACGCCCAACUUAGCAAGAAGCUCAGGGAGCUCCACAAGGCAUGCCAGAAGUCAGAUGGAACGGACGACCCUGCCAAGGGAACAUAUUCACUAGAGGUAUAUGCUCUGGAAAUUCAAAUGUACGCCAACACGAAGAACAACAAGAGGUUGAAGGCAUUGUACCAGCGAGCGCUGAAAGUACGGUCUGCCGUCCCGCAUCCCAAGAUUAUGGGCAUCAUCCGUGAAUGUGGCGGGAAAAUGCACAUGAGUGAAGAGAACUGGAAGGAGGCACACAGCGAUUUCUUUGAAUCAUUCCGGAACUACGACGAAGCAGGAUCGAUGCAGCGGAUCCAGGUCUUGAAAUACAUGGUUCUGGCAACCAUGCUGAUGAAGUCGGACAUUAACCCGUUCGACUCCCAAGAGACAAAGCCGUACAAGGAUGACCCUCGAGUUUCGGGGAUGACAGACCUGGUGGACGCCUUCCAGCGAGACGACAUCCACACCUACGAAGCAAUCCUCCGGGAUAAACAGGAUCUCAUGAACGACCCCUUUAUUGCCGAGAAUAUCGACGAAGUCAGCCGCACGAUGCGCACCAAGGCUGUCAUGAAACUCAUCCAGCCCUACACCCGCUUCAGCCUGGCUUUCGUCUCUAAGAAACUAAAGAUAUCCAUCCCCGAGGUUCAGGAUAUCCUGAGCUAUCUGAUUCUAGACAAAGAGCUACUUGACGCCAAGAUUAACGAAGAAGUCGGCAUCGUGGAAAUCACCCGGAUGGGGGCUGUUAAUGCUGCUCGUGUCAAAGCUCUGGCGACCUGGAGAAACGAGCUCGACUCCAUGUGGAAUGCAACCUUUACACACGCCGAUGGGUUCAAAGUAGACGAUUCCCGCAUGCAUCCCUUGAUGGGCGGCUUCAGCGGGAUGGGCAUGGGAUACGGCCCUUAUGAAGCUCUUAAUAUGGGAGGCAUGGGCGGAAGAGGCCAAAUGCAUACGAAAGUAAUGAAGGGACGCCCUGGACGGCCUGCCUGGGGCAAGUACUCAGGAAACUGA